CGACAGUCAAAACAAACCGCUGAAACUGGUUGGCAGUGUCGAGUUGAGGGAGGAAGGGAGCUGCACUGGGAAUCCUGAUACGGUUAAUACUACCGCUAAUAUAAUCAAAGCGAGACAGGGAGCCCAGUACAGAUCAGAUAUACAGUAUAGUUAUCAGUCUAUUUAUUCAACACUGCUUUUUUAAAUUUGCAAAGCACUGCAUUAAAAAUAUAUACAUCUAUAAUUGCAGUAACCGUGAUACGCCAUGUCGGAUAGUCAGGGAGACGGCAAGUUGGAGCUGAAACAGGCCAGCAAAGAUGUAAAAGAAAGCGAGAAUGUGGCCGAAAAAUACUCGGCAAUGACCGUGACCAAAAACAGCGAAAUGGGCAUCGGGGACAUCGCCGGCGUCCCGGCCGCUUUCACCCCCGUCGCCGGUCACAAGCCCGUGAAAAAGCAGAUCCAGUUCGCUGAUGACAAACAGGAGUUCAGCCGCUUCCCCACCAAGACCGGCCGUCGCUCUCUCUCACGCUCCAUCUCGCAGUCCUCCACUGACAGCCAGGGCUCAGCCGCAUCUUACACAGACAGCUCUGAUGACGAGACUUCGCCCAGAGACAAGACUCAGGCUAACUCCAAAGGCAACAGCGACUUCUGUGUGAAGAACAUCAAGCAGGGAGAGUUCGGCCGGAGAGAGAUUGAAAUUGCAGAACAAGAUAUGUCAUCCCUCAUUUCCCUCAGAAAGAGAGCGCAGGGAGAGAAGCCACUGGCUGGAGCCAAGAUCGUGGGCUGCACUCACAUCACCGCCCAGACUGCGGUUCUGAUUGAAACCUUGGUGGCCCUGGGAGCUCAGUGCCGCUGGACUGCGUGCAACAUCUACUCCACACAGAACGAAGUGGCGGCCGCUCUGUCUGAGGCUGGAGUUGCAGUGUUUGCCUGGAAGGGAGAGUCGGAGGAUGAUUUCUGGUGGUGUAUUGAUCGCUGUGUCAACAUGGAGGGCUGGCAGCCCAACAUGAUCCUGGAUGACGGAGGAGAUCUGACUCACUGGGUUUAUAAGAAGUACCCCAAUGUCUUCAAGAAGAUCAGAGGGAUUGUGGAGGAGAGUGUCACCGGAGUCCACAGACUCUACCAGUUGUCCAAAGCUGGCAAGCUUUGUGUUCCUGCAAUGAAUGUGAACGACUCAGUCACCAAGCAGAAGUUUGACAACCUGUACUGCUGCAGAGAGUCCAUUCUAGACGGUUUGAAGAGGACCACAGACGUGAUGUUCGGUGGAAAGCAGGUGGUCGUUUGCGGAUAUGGAGAGGUUGGGAAGGGUUGCUGUGCUGCUUUGAAAGCUCUGGGCUCCAUCGUGUGCAUCACAGAGAUCGACCCCAUCUGUGCUCUGCAGGCCUGCAUGGACGGGUUCCGAGUUGUAAAACUGAACGAAGUUAUCCGUCAAGUGGAUGUUGUCAUCACCUGUACAGGAAACAAAAACGUGGUCACGAGGGAGCAGCUGGAUCGCAUGAAGAACGGAUGCAUCGUGUGUAACAUGGGGCACUCCAACACGGAGAUCGAUGUGGCCAGUCUUCGCACCCCAGAGCUGACCUGGGAGAGGGUGCGGUCACAAGUGGAUCAUGUGAUCUGGCCAGAUGGCAAGAGAGUCGUCCUGCUGGCGGAGGGACGUCUCUUGAACCUCAGCUGCUCCACAGUCCCUACCUUUGUCCUGUCCAUCACAGCCACCACACAGGCUCUUGCCCUGAUAGAGCUCUACAAUGCCCCUGAGGGGCGUUACAAACAGGAUGUCUACCUGCUGCCUAAAAAGAUGGACGAGUAUGUUGCCAGCUUGCACCUGCCCACCUUUGAUGCCCAUCUCACAGAGCUGUCAGAUGAACAGGCCAAAUACCUGGGACUCAAUAAGAAUGGACCGUUCAAACCAAACUACUACAGAUAUUAAUGUUCGAAGCGCUGGAUGAUCCAAUGAAAGGACCAUGAUGCUGCAACGAACCUGCUGGAUGUUUAGUGAGCCUGAGAAAACUGGAGAAAAAACACACUUUUUUUUUCCUUGUGUGAUACAUUCCCUACAUGUUUGAUUUAUUUCCAUUGUCAGUCUGUAAUUAAACUAAACGAGGUAGUCACCUUCAGAUUUUCAUAGUGCUGUACAGCGAGGGCCAAAACAUUAUGCAGUAAAAUGAGUUAAUUCUGCAGUGGGAUGCAAUAUAAUGUCCACCUGAAGACCAGAGUAUAUUAAGAAAGCCAACCAUCGAAUCUGAAGGCAGUUACAUGUUUAUCCAAACAAACAAACCAAAACGUUUCUUUCAUUUUAAAUGUGUAGGUAUUUUAAUCAUCUGCAUUCAUUUUUUUUUUUUUUUUUAAAACAUUAUUUGACGAUCAAAAUCGCUGUCCUUGUUCUGAAACAUGAAAUGGUGCCAAAAGAGAGAGAAGUCUCGCGGCAGCGAUUCUGUCCACUUUGAAUGGUGUACUGAGGACACAUGGGUGAGGGAUCCCUUAAAACCGCUUCUUCCUUUUGACCUUCGUAUGGAACAGCUUCCCGGAAGCCACCUGAUAAUAGACUGCAGCUCCUCAUCAAAACCAUCAGAGUUACGAUCUGGAAUAAGCAGCCUGUCACCCAAACUCUCUUCAUCAGUUAUGUAUUGCUGUCAUUUUCAUGUAGUGCAGUGUAUUGCAAACAGAGAUGCUUUAUGGAGAAUGUGGAUAUAAUUAUAUAUAUAUAUAUUUUAAAUAAGUCAUCUGUACCUUAAUGUUUUCAAUCACUUUUCAAUCAUUUCUGACGCAUGCAUUUUAUUUGAGAGCCCUGAUAAUAACUGUUAUCGUUACACACAAGCUGUUUAAUUCUCUGCUGUAUUGCUCUUGUCUCCCUCUUACUUUUGCAUGGUCCUGUAUAAGUCCAGUACUAAUGCUGUGGUGUUGGUGUAUAAAAGGCAGAUCUGUCGAGUCACAGAGCCAGGAGAGGCGCUUGGAAGAGAAAGUCUCCCUCAGCACCUGGGCUUGGCAGUGAACGACAGCACUUCCAUACACUGCAGUACACGGGAGCAGCACCAGUCUGUCAGGACCCUCGCAUUGAAAGGGAUCCAGGCUGUGUCACACGCAGUCACUGCUACUGUUUUAAAAUGUGGUAUAUAGACACUGUGCAAGCCUGCUUUUAAUAUAUUUCUUAUUGCUAGAUCUGUCAUGUCACGUUUUGAUUAGUUCAUGUCUUCUAAGGCUUUCCUACAAUCUGAAUUGUACGCGUUUCAUAGGUUAAAACCGAGUGCCGAGCUCAUGGGCAGGGCGCAUGAUCAGUUUAAUUGAGAUGCUAGGUCCCAUGAUUUUAGCAUCUGCUCCUGGAAAACGCACAUAUCCUAAACCAUGCCUUACGCAGUUCUCUGAUUUUUCUCUUUUAUGACUUGCAGCAAGUGUUUUCUUCAGUUCAAUCCACACAGUGCUAGGUGGGAUAGCACUGACAGAAUAUCACCCUUAUUUAACAACACUGUGAUUUGACAUGGGGCUUGACUUGGGUCACUGCUUGAUGUAUCUCAGAAUUUCAUUUUAUUUGACAGAAUCUUUUUAUUAAUAAGACUUGCUUUGGGAAAAUAAAUGUAGAUGGUUAUGUAUAAUUUCUGCUAGAAUCCAAGCCUCCGUUUACAUGUUUAUAGAUGGAUAAUACACUUGCUCUUGCAGAACAAAUUCACUUUUUGGCAUUUCUUUGUCAAGGUUGGUAAAUAUUCUAUUGUUGUCACCAAAGGGGGGGGGGGGGGGGGGGGGAAUCCAAUGCAAGAUCCUUCUUGAUUAGUUGAAAUAUGAACAAGCACGAUGCUUCCAACACAAAUCAGACACCCCCAGAACGCUUUUAUUUAAUCUGCAUACCUUCCCGAAUAGUUUCAAGGGCUACUUGCAUACAAAGCAUUGGGAUGGUCGCAACAAAGCUUUCUUCAUUAAUAAAUACAUGUUUGGUUUUAAAGCGCAUGCUAUGAUAAUUUAAAAAAAACAAAAAACGAAAAUGAAUACUUUUCUACUGCAGAAAUGUCAUUUUUUAAUUGCUGUGAUCGUGACGUCUUUGAAGAUGAGCAGAACAUCUUAAUAAAAACCUGCAUCAUGAUUUCA